AUGACCGCCCAGCCUCCGGCCACUGUCGCGAUACCGGCGACAGUGGCCUCGAGUAUCACCGCAAGCGCUCAGCCAGCCAAUGCGCGCCAAAGCCUGCCCCCACCGCCGGACGAUCCCACCGUGGCCGAGGCGGAUCUGACACUCGAUGCCUUACUGGCGCUUCUUCGGCGGGAUUUCAUUUGCUUCUCAACGGAAAUGGAACUGUAUCAGAGAGUGAUGAAAUGGUUCCGCGUGGACUAUCCGACGCGCUGGACACUGGAAAAUUUCCGAGCCGUUCUACCGGAGUUGCGCUGGGAUCUGCUGGGUGACGCGCUGUCCCUGGCUCUUCUCACCGCCACCGGGCCGCUGCGCGACGUUUUACUGGAGCUGCAGACACGCCUCUUCCCGCCCUCGUGUGUCCGCUUGACUGCCGCGCCGCGGGAGCGUCACUACACCGAGGUGGCCUGCCUGUUCUCCGCCGACGGACACACAGCCAGUCUGCGCUGGUACGACGCGCACCACAACAUGCUGCGCCGCAUCCGGUUGCCGGCGGAGCUGGCGUCGUGGAACACGGUCAAAGAGAUGGGCCCGCUAGCGGACAACCGGAUGUUGUUCCGCGUCCAGCACUGGAUGUAUCUGCGAGCGUACGCCUUGACUUUGAUUGUGAAGAAUGACGCUGGUGGUGUGAAAGCGCAGAUGGAGUGCAUUUUCAAGAACCACCUGACCGGUGCUGUUGGCCCGCUGGUCAGCCUCCAGGGCCGCGUGUACGGCUGGAGCACCGACACUUCGCCGUACGCGCUCUCCUUCGCGUACGAUCCCGCAGCGCGAGGCUUUGAUUACAGUAUCCGUAAUUCCACAGUCAUUAGAAAAGAAGCGGCAUUCGACGUGUGGAACAACCAGUACUUCAUCAUCCUGGGUGGAUACCGAGCCAUGGGCCGCGCCCGCGACACACUGCCCCUGGCCUCUGGAGAAAUGUACGACGCGGAGACGAACGCCUGGAGCGAUCUGCCGGCGAUGAUGCAGCAGGCGCGCUGCAAUUUCGCCGCGAAAAUCUACAAUGGCUACCUGUAUGUAACGGGCGGAGUCGGGUUGAUGGUGCCGUUUGGAAUGACCGUCCUGAGCAGUUGUGAGCGGCUGCAGCUGGGCGUGGCAGGCGCCCAGUGGCAGCGCCUGCCCGAUCUGGUCGUGCACCGCUACGGACACUGCAUGUUCGUGCUGGACGACCAGCUGUACGUGUGCGGUGGGUGUUGCCGCGACGGGGCGCCGCUGACGGAAUGGGAGGUGUACGAUGCCGCGUCGAGCCGCUGGAGUGUUGUGCGCCCGGUAGAGCUGCCCAGGGCCCGCGCCGCACCGGUGGCGGCCUGUGUCACGCUGACUGUUAACUACAAAUACUGA